GUGUUGUAUUCGACACGAGAGAGAGAAAAUGGAGGAGAGCGGUGGACGAAGGGUCGGCGUGGCGGUGGAUUUCUCGGAGUGUAGCAGAAAGGCUCUGAGUUGGGCGGUGGAGAACGUCGUUCGCGACGGUGAUCAUCUGAUUCUUAUCACCGUCCGUCCUGAAAUGUACUACGAGGGCGGCGAGAUGCAGCUCUGGGAGGCCACCGGAACACCGUUUAUUCCUCUGGAAGAGUUUUCGGAUGGUGCUGUGAUGAAGAAGUACGAGGUGAAGCCAGACCCUGAAACACUGGACAUAGCCAACACUGCCGCAAGGCAAAAGCCUAUAACGGUGAUAAUGAAGAUAUACUGGGGGGAUGCACGCGAGAAGAUAUGUGAGGCUGUCGACCACAUCCCUCUCUCCUGCCUUGUUAUUGGUAACCGUGGUCUCGGCGGCCUUAAGCGGGUGAUAAUGGGAAGUGUGAGCAACUAUGUGGUCAACAACGCAUCUUGCCCCGUCACCGUCGUCAAGGUCCCCCACUAAGCCCCUUCAUGUCCGUUUCAAUAAAUAUUAUGUAAAACUAUGUGUCGGUAUGUUUGUUUUUGGGUACAUAAGCCUGAUGCUGCUGCUUUGCUUUCUGUUUUGAAUAAAGCGUGUUCUCUUACUAACUCUGUUACUGUUGUUGUGUUGUGUUCUCUGAAUUCUCACUCUCUCUGCUCAUGCAUAUUAUAUGUUUCUCCCCCUUGUGUUU